GCGGGCCGCCGCCGGCGCUUUCAAUCACCCGCAGCAGGCCUCAGUGCUCGCGGGGAGCAACGCAGGAUGAUGGAGGGCAUUCUGGUAAAAUCCACUUGACAUCUUUGGAAGGGACAUACAGCCCAUGGCCUCCAUCCUCUGGAGCCCAGAGCCCCAGUGCAUGCUACACCAGGAGCGGGAACACCCUGUUCCCUGCCGGGGGCUGCCUCCUCUGCACAGCCCGGACCCUGGGGCCAGCCAUCGCCGACAAGGAGAUGAGGAUGGAGAACAGGGAGGACAAAGCACCUCAUCAGAACCCUCUGGAAGAGGCCAUUUUGAGCAGCUCCAUGGUGCAGGAAUCCAACAGGGAGGAAAAGCCACGGAAAUCCUGUACAAGGAGGGACUCCAAACCCAACUCAGGGUGCUCUGAGGAGGAAAGACUCACCCUGCGCCAAGAAGGCAGCCAGAGCUUCAACCAGAGCUUGGACCUGGUGGUCUCUGAGCAGCAUCAGAGCAGGCAGAAGUCCUACAACUGCGAGGAAUGUGGGAAGAGCUUCAGCCACAGCUCCAACCUGAUCCGCCACCGGAGGAUCCACACUGGGGAGAGGCCCUAUGAGUGUGGGGAAUGUGGGAAGAGCUUCAGCCGGAGCAACAACCUGGCCCGCCACGAGAUGAUCCACUAUAAGGAACGGCACUAUGAAUGCUCUGAAUAUGGGAAGAGCUUCAAAAAGAUAUCCAAAUGUAUCCAGCACAAGAAAAACUGCACUGAGGAACGGCUCUAUGAGUGUGGAGAAUGUGGAAAGAACUUCAGCCGGAGAUCAAACCUAACCCGCCACAAAAGGAUCCACACUGGGGAAAGGCCCCACAAAUGCUCCAAGUGUGGGAAGAGCUUCAGCCAGCGCUCCCACCUGAAUGUCCACCGGUGCAUUGACACCCGGGAACAGCCCAACAAGUGUGAGGAGCGUGGGGAGAGCUUCAGGAAGAUUCAGAACAUACCCAAUUGCCUGUCUGUGGAAACCAGGGAACCGCCCUACAAGUGCUUGGUAUGUAAGAAGAGCUUCAAGCAGAGAUCUCACCUGACAGUCCACUGGCGCAUCCACACUGGACAACAGCCCUACAUGUGUGAGACAUGUAAUAAGAGCUUCAGUGAUCGCUCCAACCUGAACCACCACCAGAGGAUUCACACUGGUGAACGGCCCUACAGGUGUGAGAAAUGUGAAAAGAGCUUCUCCAGGAGGUCUCAUUUGACCCAGCACCAACAGAGACACCAGAAAGGGAAGCCCCACAAGUUCUCUGACUGUGGGAAGAGUUUCAUCUGAUGCUUCAACUUCAUCACCUAAAGCCUCACCAUUUUACUGCCAUUUGGGAGGGGAAUUUGUUUUUCAGGAGAUAUUCUGGAGGAUUUGAUGGUUCUGGAGUAUUUGGAAGAAUUUUCUCCAUUACCUCAAAACCACUCAGUCUCACUUAAAACUAUUCAAUCCUAUCCCAGCCCAAAAUUACUCAAUUCCACAGCUCCUCAGGGUGGGUGGGAU